GCAGGGCGCUGAGCUAGCUGGGAGCCCGCGCUGUGCGCCUGCGGCCGGGGCGCCCCGCCAAGCGCCGGUGCCCCGGCUCCCGGGCCGCCUUCGCCGCGCGGGUGGCUCCCGGCUGCCUCUGCUGCAGUUCAGAGCAACUUCAGGAGCUUCCCCGCUGAGAGCUUCAGGCCGCCUUCCCUGUCCCACUGGCCCAGUUGCCACAACAAACAACAGAGAAGACGGUGACCAUGGGGGAUGUGAAGCUGGUUGCCUCGUCACACAUUUCCAAAACCUCCCUCAGUGUGGAUCCCUCAAGAGUUAACUCCAUGCCCCUGACAGAGGCCCCUGCUUUCAUUUUGCCCCCUCGGAACCUCUGCAUCAAAGAAGGAGCCACCGCCAAGUUCGAAGGGCGGGUCCGGGGUUACCCAGAGCCCCAGGUGACAUGGCACAGAAACGGGCAACCCAUCACCAGCGGGGGCCGCUUCCUGCUGGAUUGCGGCAUCCGGGGGACUUUCAGCCUUGUGAUUCAUGCUGUCCAUGAGGAGGACAGGGGAAAGUAUACCUGUGAAGCCACCAAUGGCAGUGGUGCUCGCCAGGUGACAGUGGAGUUGACAGUAGAAGGAAGUUUUGCGAAGCAGCUUGGUCAACCUGUUGUUUCCAAAACCUUAGGGGAUAGAUUUUCAGCUCCAGCAGUGGAGACCCGUCCAAGCAUCUGGGGGGAGUGCCCACCAAAGUUUGCUACCAAGCUGGGCCGAGUUGUGGUCAAAGAAGGACAGAUGGGACGAUUCUCCUGCAAGAUCACUGGCCGGCCCCAACCUCAGGUCACCUGGCUCAAGGGAAAUGUUCCACUGCAGCCGAGUGCCCGUGUGUCUAUGUCUGAGAAGAACGGGAUGCAGGUUCUGGAAAUCCAUGGAGUCAACCAAGAUGACAUGGGAGUGUACACGUGCCUGGUGGUGAACGGGUCAGGGAAGGCCUCGAUGUCAGCUGAACUUUCCAUCCAAGGUUUGGACAGUGCCAAUAGGUCAUUUGGGAGAGAAACAAAAGCCACCAAUUCAGACGUCAGGAAAGAAGUGACCAAUGUAAGCUCAAAGGAGUCAAAGCUGGACAGUCUGGAGGCUGCAGCCGAAAGCAAGAACUGCUCCAGCCCCCAGAGAGGUGGCUCCCCACCCUGGGCUGCAAACAGCCAGCCUCAGCCCCCAAGGGAGUCUAAGCUGGAGUCAUGCAAGGACUCGCCCAGAACGCCCCCGCAGAUCCCAGUCCUUCAGAAGACUUCCAGCUCCAUCACCUUGCAGGCCGCAAGAGUUCAGCUGGAACCAAGAGCACCAGGCCUGGGGGUCCUAUCACCUUCUGGAGAAGAGAGGAAGAGGCCAGCUGCUCCCCGUCCAGCCACCUUCCCCACCAGGCAGCCUGGCCUGGGGAGCCAAGACGUUGUGAGCAAGGCUGCUACCAGGAGAAUCCCCAUGGAGGACCAGAGGGAUUCAGCAUUCCCCAAAUUUGAGAGCAAGCCCCAAAGCCAGGAAGUCGGGGAAAAUCAAACUGUCAAGUUCAGAUGUGAAGUUUCAGGGAUUCCAAAGCCUGAAGUGGCCUGGUUCCUGGAAGGCACCCCUGUGAGGAGACAGGAAGGCAGCAUUGAGGUUUAUGAAGAUGCUGGCUCCCAUUACCUCUGCCUGCUGAAAGCCCGGACCAGGGACAGUGGGACAUACAGCUGCACUGCUUCCAACGCCCAAGGCCAGGUGUCCUGUAGCUGGACCCUCCAAGUGGAAAGGCUUGCUGUGAUGGAGGUGGCCCCCUGCUUCUCCAGUGUCCUGAAGGACUGCACUGUCAUUGAGGGCCAGGAUUUUGUGCUGCAGUGCUCCGUACGGGGGACCCCAGUGCCCCGGAUCACUUGGCUGCUGAAUGGGCAGCCCAUCCAGUACGCUCGCUCCACCUGUGAGGCCGGCAUGGCUGAGCUCCACAUCCAGGAUGCCCUGCCGGAGGACCAUGGCACCUACACCUGCCUGGCUGAGAAUGCCUUGGGGCAGGUGUCCUGCAGCGCCCGGGUCACCGUCCGUGAAAAGAAGAGUAGUGGGAAGAGCGAGUACCUUCUGCCUGUGGCUCCCAGCAAGCCCACUGCACCCAUCUUCCUGCAGGGCCUCUCUGAUCUCAAAGUCAUGGAUGGAAGCCAGGUCACUAUGACCGUCCAAGUGUCAGGGAAUCCACCCCCUGAAGUCAUCUGGCUGCACAAUGGAAAUGAGAUCCAAGAGUCAGAGGACUUCCACUUUGAACAGAGAGGCACUCAGCACAGCCUUUGUAUCCAGGAAGUGUUCCCGGAGGACACGGGCACGUACACCUGCGAGGCCUGGAACAGCGCUGGAGAGGUCCGCACCCAGGCCGUGCUCACGGUACAAGAGCCUCACGAUGGCACCCAGCCCUGGUUCAUCAGUAAGCCUCGCUCAGUGACAGCCUCCCUGGGCCAGAGUGUCCUCAUCUCCUGCGCCAUAGCUGGUGACCCCUUUCCUACCGUGCACUGGCUCCGAGAUGGCAAAGCCCUCUGCAAAGACACUGGCCACUUCGAGGUGCUUCAGAAUGAGGAUGUGUUCACCCUGGUUCUAAAGAAGGUGCAGCCCUGGCAUGCCGGCCAGUAUGAGAUCCUGCUCAAGAACCGGGUUGGUGAAUGCAGUUGCCAGGUGUCACUGAUGCUACAGAACAGCUCUGCCAGAGCCCUUCCACGGGGGAGGGAGCCUGCCAGCUGUGAGGGCCUCUGUGGUGGAGGAGUUGGUGCUGAUGGUGGUGGUAGUGACCGCUAUGGGUCCCUGAGGCCUGGCUGGCCAGCAAGAGGGCAGGGUUGGCCAGAGGAGGAAGACGGCGAGGACGUGCGAGGGGUGCUGAAGAGGCGCGUGGAGACGAGGCAGCACACUGAGGAGGCGAUCCGCCAGCAGGAGGUGGAGCAGCUGGACUUCCGAGACCUCCUGGGGAAGAAGGUGAGUACCAAGACCCUAUCGGAAGACGACCUGAAGGAGAUCCCAGCCGAGCAGAUGGAUUUCCGUGCCAACCUGCAGCGGCAAGUGAAGCCAAAGACUGUGUCAGAGGAAGAGAGGAAGGUGCACAGCCCCCAGCAGGUCGAUUUCCGCUCUGUCCUGGCCAAGAAGGGGACUCCCAAGACCCCCGUGCCUGAGAAGGUGCCACCGCCAAAACCUGCCACCCCGGAUUUUCGCUCAGUGCUGGGUGGCAAGAAGAAAUUACCAGCAGAGAAUGGUAGCAGCAGUGCUGAGACCCUGAAUGCCAAGGCAGUGGAAAGUUCCAAGCCCCUGAGCAAUGCACAGCCUUCAGGACCCUUGAAACCCGUGGGCAACGCCAAGCCUGCUGAGACCCUGAAGCCUGUGGGCAACGCCAAGCCUGCUGAGACCCUGAAGCCCGUGGGCAACGCCAAGCCUGCUGAGACCCUGAAGCCCGUGGGCAACGCCAAGCCUGCUGAGACCCUGAAGCCCGUGGGCAACGCCAAGCCUGCUGAGACCCUGAAGCCCGUGGGCAACGCCAAGCCUGAUGAGAACCUGAAAUCCACUAGCAAAGAAGAACUCAAGAAAGACGUUAAGAAUGAUGUGAACUACAAGAGAGGCCAUGCAGGGACCACAGAUAAUGAAAAGAGAUCAGAGAGCCGGGGGACAGCCCCAACCUUCAAGGAGAAGCUGCAAGAUGUUCGUGUGGCAGAGGGCAAGAAGCUGCUGCUCCAGUGCCAAGUGUCUUCUGACCCCCCAGCCACCAUCACCUGGACGCUGAAUGGAAAGACCCUCAAGACCACCAAGUUCAUCGCCCUCUCCCAGGAAGGCUCACUCUGUUCCAUCUCCAUCGAGAAGGCACUGCCUGAGGACAGAGGCUUAUACAAGUGUGUAGCCAAGAAUGACGCUGGCCAGGCUGAGUGCUCCUGCCAAGUCACCGUGGACGAUGCUCCGGCCAGUGAGAACACCAAGGCCCCAGAGAUGAAAUCCCGGAGGCCCAAGAGCUCUCUUCCUCCCGUGCUAGGAACUGAGAGUGAUGCGACUGUGAAAAAGAAACCUGCCCCCAAGACACCUCCGAAGGCAGCAAUGCCCCCUCAGAUCAUCCAGUUCCCUGACGACCAGAAGGUACGCGCAGGAGAGUCAGUGGAGCUGUUUGGUAAAGUGACAGGCACUCAGCCCAUCACCUGUACCUGGAUGAAGUUCCGAAAGCAGAUCCAGGAAAGCGAGCACAUGAAGGUGGAGAACAGCGAGAGCGGCAGCAAGCUCACCAUCCUGGCCGCGCGCCAGGAGCACUGCGGCUGCUACACACUGCUGGUGGAGAACAAGCUGGGCAGCAGGCAGGCCCAGGUCAACCUCACUGUCGUGGAUAAGCCAGACCCCCCAGCUGGCACACCUUGUGCCUCUGACAUUCGGAGCUCCUCACUGACCCUGUCCUGGUACGGCUCCUCGUAUGAUGGGGGCAGUGCUGUACAGUCCUACAGCAUCGAGAUCUGGGACUCAGCCAACAAGACGUGGAAGGAACUAGCCACAUGCCGCAGCACCUCUUUCAACGUCCAGGACCUGCUGCCUGACCACGAAUAUAAGUUCCGUGUACGUGCAAUCAAUGUGUAUGGAACCAGUGAGCCAAGCCAGGAGUCUGAACUCACAACGGUAGGAGAGAAACCUGAAGAGCCGAAGGAUGAAGUGGAGGUGUCAGACGAUGAUGAGAAAGAGCCCGAGGUUGAUUACCGGACAGUGACAGUCAAUACCGAACAAAAAGUGUCUGACUUCUACGACAUUGAAGAGAGAUUAGGAUCUGGGAAAUUUGGACAGGUCUUUCGACUUGUAGAAAAGAAAACUCGAAAAGUCUGGGCAGGGAAAUUCUUCAAGGCAUAUUCAGCAAAAGAGAAAGAGAAUAUCCGGCAGGAGAUCAGCAUCAUGAACUGCCUCCACCAUCCCAAGCUGGUCCAGUGUGUGGAUGCCUUCGAAGAAAAGGCCAACAUCGUCAUGGUCCUGGAGAUCGUGUCAGGAGGUGAGCUGUUUGAGCGCAUCAUUGACGAGGACUUUGAGCUAACGGAGCGCGAGUGCAUCAAGUACAUGCGGCAGAUCUCAGAGGGGGUGGAGUACAUCCACAAGCAGGGCAUCGUGCACCUGGACCUCAAGCCGGAGAACAUCAUGUGUGUCAACAAGACAGGCACCAGGAUCAAGCUCAUCGACUUUGGUCUGGCCAGGAGGCUGGAGAACGCAGGGUCUCUGAAGGUCCUCUUUGGCACCCCGGAGUUUGUGGCUCCUGAAGUGAUCAACUAUGAGCCCAUCGGCUACGCCACAGACAUGUGGAGCAUUGGGGUCAUCUGCUACAUCCUAGUCAGUGGCCUUUCCCCCUUCAUGGGAGACAACGAUAACGAAACCUUGGCCAACGUUACCUCUGCCACCUGGGACUUCGACGACGAGGCAUUUGAUGAGAUCUCCGACGAUGCCAAGGAUUUCAUCAGUAAUCUGCUGAAGAAAGAUAUGAAAAACCGCCUGGACUGCACACAGUGCCUUCAGCAUCCAUGGCUAAUGAAAGAUACCAAGAACAUGGAGGCCAAGAAACUCUCCAAGGACCGGAUGAAGAAGUACAUGGCAAGAAGGAAAUGGCAGAAAACGGGCAAUGCUGUGAGAGCCAUUGGAAGACUGUCCUCUAUGGCAAUGAUCUCAGGGCUCAGUGGCAGGAAAUCCUCAACAGGGUCACCAACCAGCCCGCUCAAUGCAGAAAAACUAGAAUCUGAAGAAGAUGUGUCCCAAGCUUUCCUUGAGGCUGUUGCUGAGGAAAAGCCUCAUGUAAAACCCUAUUUCUCUAAGACCAUUCGCGAUUUAGAAGUUGUGGAGGGAAGUGCUGCUAGAUUUGACUGCAAGAUUGAAGGAUACCCGGACCCCGAGGUUGUCUGGUUCAAAGAUGACCAGUCAAUCAGGGAGUCCCGCCACUUCCAGAUAGACUACGAUGAGGACGGGAACUGCUCUUUAAUUAUUAGUGAUGUUUGCGGGGAUGACGAUGCCAAGUACACCUGCAAGGCUGUCAACAGUCUUGGAGAAGCCACCUGCACAGCAGAGCUCAUUGUGGAAACGAUGGAGGAAGGCGAAGGGGAAGGGGAAGAGGAAGAAGAGUGAAACAAAGCCAGAGAAAAGCAGUUUCUAAGUCAUAUUAAAAGGACUAUUUCUCUAAAAAAAAAAAAACUCAAGAUAGUAAAAGCACCUAGUGUGAUAGAUUAUCUAGUUAGGUCAUUUGUGGGUUGAUUCUUCAGAAACAGCAGUUGAUACCUAGCAGCGUUAUUGAUGGGCAUUAAUCUACAUUAGCUGGCACCUUAAGAUACUAGUGCAGCUAGAUUUCAUUUAGGGAAAUCACCAGUAACUUGGCUGACCAAUUGAUUUUAGAGAGAAAGUAACCAAACCAAAUAUUUAUCUGGGCAAAGUCAUAAAUUCUCCACUUGAAUGCGCUCAUUAAAAAUAAGGCCAAAACAAGGGUUCUGGGCCACAGCUCAGCCCAGAGGGUCCCUGGAGAUGGGAAGCCUCUGUCUCCCCACCCCCUGACUCUAGAGAACUGGGUUUUCUCCCAGUACUCCAGCAAUUCAUUUCUGAAAGCAGUUGAGCCACUUUAUUCCAAAGUACACUGCAGAUGUUCAAACUCUCCAUUUCUCUUUCCCCUUCCACCUGCCAGUUUUUCUGAAUCUCAACUUGUCAUGAGUUUAAGCAUUAAGGACAUUAUGCUUCUUAGAUUCUGAAGACAGGUCCCUGCUCAUGGAUGACUCUGGCUUCCUUAGGAAAAUAUUUUUCUUCCAAAAUCAGUAGGAAAUCUAAACUUAUCCCCUCUUUGCAGAUAUCUAGCAGCUUCAGACAUUUGGUUAAGAACCCAUGGAAAAAAAAAAAAUCCUUGCUAAUGUGGUUUCCUUUGCAAACAAGGAUUCUUAUUUGUGCUGUUGUUAUAGAAUAUCAGCUCUGAAUGUGUGGUAAAGAUUUUUGUGUUUGAAUAUAGGAGAAAUCAGUUUGCUAAAAAGUUAGUCUUAAUUAUCUAUUGGCCAUGAUGAAACAGAUUUCAACUGAUAAAGAGCUGGAGAACUCCAUGUACUUUGGAAUCUCCUCCAAGAUAGCCAGAGUUUAAUACAUCUUCAUUCUCAACACUCUCCAAAGAACAUGACCUACCUUAUGGGUUCCAUAUUUUUCUUCUUAAAUGUGCAUCAAUCAUGCCUUGCCCCCAGCCUUUAAAUAUAUUCUUAGACCUGGUAAAUGCACUCAGACUUGCGUCUUUAGGAAUUUUUAACUUUCUUUCACUACAUUGGCACUUAAAUUUUUUCUUCAUAAAACUUUUUGAAGGUCAUAAACAAAGACCAUAAUUGAUAGACCUAAUACAUUUCCUCUCUGUGUGUGUGUAACAUUCCAAAUACUUUUUUUUUCUUUUCCACUGUUUGUAAGGUGCAACAAUUUAAUAUUUUUAAGGGACUUUUUAAGAGUUCCUUAAGAACCAAUUUAAAAUUACUUCAGUGCAAUCCUACACAGUAUCAACAUUAGAAUUUUGAUAUUAGUCUUACGUUAUCUUCCAUGCUAUUUUUAUCUGCUUUUUGCUGCUAGUUUCAAACUGCCAGUAUUUUUCCUUUUGCUUUUAAAAUAGUUACAAUAUUUUUCAUAAUAGCCACAGUAUUGCCACAGUUUAUUAUAAUAAAGGGUUUUCAUUUGAUUUAGAGCAUUCAAAGCUUUUUUCUAUCACUUUUGUGUUCAGAAUAUAACCUUUGUGUGUGUGUAUGUUGUGUGUGUGCAUGUGUGGUGUAUAUGUGUGUUACAGUUUAAUGCCUUGGGAUUGUGUUAAUGUUCUCUUGGUUUAUUAUGCCAUCAGAAUGGUAAAUGAGAACACUACAACUGUAGUCAGCUCACAGUUUUUAAAUAAAGGAUACCACAGUGCA